AAUAUCACAGUAGCGGGUGAUGCUAUGCAUCCCAUGACACCUGACCUAGGACAAGGUGGUGGUUCAUCACUAGAAGAUGCUGUGGUAUUGGGCAGACACAUUGGCAAUUCCGUUAUAAGAAAUGGGGGACUGAUUGUUCAAGGAGACAUGGCUAAAGCCAUUGAUGAUUAUGUCAAGGAAAGGAGGUGGCGUGCCGCUUGUCUGGUCACAGGGUCGUAUAUAUCAGGGUGGAAGCAGCAAGGCGGAGCAAAAUGGUGGAUGAAGUUCUUGAGGGAUGGAGUAUUUUAUAAGUAUGUUUUUGGUUGGAUUGCUGGACUUGUGCAUUAUAAUUGUGGAAAUCUCCCUGCUGUGUCCUCUGGUAAGGAGGACUAAAUUCCAACAUAUUACAAGUUACAUCAUAGGAAGAGACUAUUUGAGAACAAAGUUGUCCAACGUUCUCAAAUCAAAAGUAUUGACCCACAGCAUUGGUCAAAGUAACCUUUUCUUCUUCUUCUUCUUCUUCUUCUUAAUGUUUUUGUUAUACUUUGUUGCAUUUGUUUUCUCCGUUUAGAAAGUCUAUUAAAUUA